GACGGCAGUGAGGGCGACGACAAGAUGGCGGCACCCAGCCUACUGCGCGGGGCGUUCAGGCGGUUGUUCGCCGGGCUCUGGGGAAGCGGCUGGGUUUCACCACCGGCCAGAACCCUCCGGGAGGUCGUGGAGGUGACUGAAGGCAACACGACCAUAAUUGAAGGGAAAAUUAUAGAGGAUACUGAAACACCAACACCUCCUAACCCCUCUGGCCAGUGUCCUAUCUGUCGCUGGAACCUGAAGCACAAGUACGAUUAUGUGGAUGUGUUGCUGUUGAGCCAGUUUAUCCGUUCUGACGGAGGGAUGCUGCCACGAAGGAUCACAGGCCUCUGUUUGGAGGAGCACAAGAAGAUUGCCGCCUGUGUGCAGAUGGCACACCGUGCAGGUUUGCUGCCAAACCACAGGCCUCUACUUCCUGAAGGACAUGUUCCCAGGAAACCCAAGUUGAACAGGUUCUGACUUCCUGCAGCAGCAAACUGGAAUAGUAUUAUAAAGAGAAUGCUAAAGCAAAUUCGAGCAUAUGAAAAUGCAAGACUGGGCCAGAAUCCCAUCCUGUGGAAAAGAAAUAUCCAUUUACUGAAAGCAAACUAGUUCUUUUUUAGAGACUAUUUUACACCGAACUUGGCCGUCGUAAUUAGUUUGCCUUAUUGAGGCAAGCUGUUGAAAUGGCACCUCCUGUAGAGAAUGGAUGGACUCAAUCUUGAACUUAGUUGCAAUGAAGGGAUUCAACACUGUUAGCUACAGGUGGACAACUUGCCAGGAGCCUGGAGAUUACACCUGAUUUGUUUCACAUGACUGGAAGUCAGGCACAGCAGUUCCAGAGCAAAUAGUCCUUUUCAGUGGUUCCCUUCUGAACUGAGAGAGCUCUGCUCAUCAUUACUGCUUCCAUAAAGAGGCAUGUGGAGAAGCAAAGGCAAGCAAAUGAGUGUCUUCUGCUUUGACUAAAGCGUUUUUCAGUGAUCGGUCUCAACUUGAAAUACGUUUGUAUUGUUUUGACAGGUAUCUGACUCGCUGGUCCGUCAGAUCUGCAAAGCCCAUCUGGAAGAGGGGCCCUAAGUGGUGCAGAGUUCCCAUGCCAGUUGGACACCUUCUUCUGAAGGAUAACGUCAAAUAUAUACACAAGCCGCUUUAUUACAACCACUAGAUUCCUGAACUGGCACAGUCAACGAGCACAGCUGUUUUACACUGUUCUGCUUUUUUGUUUGCAAGUUUGUCGGUAUCUCCGAUUUCCAAAUUCAGAAACUCUCCUUAGUGCUCUGUAUUGUCUCUGGUGAAUGAGCUGCCAUCUGUUCCUCAAGGAAAACACAGGAUUCAGCAAAGCAGAAUUCAACGUCCAGAAUGAUUUUCUGAUGGAGAAUGAUGGAGAAAGCAGGGGGCAAAGAUUUUACCUCAAAGCCAAGAAGGAUCUGAAGGCUUCUGUGUCACUAUAGUCUACUACUGGGUCUGGAAAGGUGGUUUCCUUCUUUUCCCAGAAAUAAAUGGUAAUUCCCCUUUAA